UCCAGGAAGUGAAGACGGGAGAUACGUUUAGUUCUGUAUCGAGUAUUGACAGGUAUUAAGAUGGUGUCUCUUAUCUGCACCCUACAAAGUCACCGGGAUGAUGUAAACUGCUGCGCGUUCUCGAGCUCUCUGCUCGCCACCUGCUCAGGUGAUAAAACUAUCUGCGUGUACUCGACGCGUGACUUCAGCGAGUUGCCUUUUUCGCCGCUGUCCGGACACGGCUAUGGGGUUCACUGCUGUUGUUUCAGCCCGUGCGGUCAGUACCUGGCCUCCUGCUCCACCGAUGCAACCACCGUGCUGUGGUCGAUGGACACUGGGGAAAUCGAGGCCGUCCUAGAGCAUCCCGGCAGAAGUCCCGUCAGGGUCUGCGCCUUCUCCCCCGAUUCAUCUCAUCUCGUGUCUGGAGGCUCUGAUGGGACCAUCGCACUGUGGGAUUUUACCUCAAGGACUCUGCGCAAGACGGGUGCAGUUUCUGACACCAGUAUAGUUGCCUGCUCUUUCACUCCGUGCUCUCAGCUGUUCAUCACUGGCUCCACAUAUGGAGAUCUGAGACUGUGGGACCUGAAAAUGAACCAUCUCCAUGCGGAAAAGAAUGCUCAUGACCUCGGCGUCUCCUGCUGUCAGUUUGCUCCCCAGAUAAUGAAGGAUCCAAAUGGCUUUGUUUGCUUUCGUCUGGCAUCAUGUGGACAGGACAGUUUGCUGAAGAUAUGGAUUGUUUCUUGUGUAUCUUCUGCAGGUGUUAAAAUGCAACUCGUUCACACUUUGACGGGUCAGUCUGCUCCAGUUCUGUCUUGUGCUUAUUCUGCUGAUGGACAGAUGCUGGUGUCAGGAUCUGUGGAUAAGACCGUGACUGUCUAUCAAGCUAACGAGGGGAUCUUACUCUACACGCUUAACCAACACGACAGGUAUGUGACCGCAUGCGCUUUCUCCCCCACGGCCUCCAUCAUCGCAACCGGAUCCAUGGACAAGAGCGUCAAUAUCUGGAGGGUGGAGGAUGGUUGUAGUGCUCAAGGCAAAUCUCUUCCUGAUGAAGUUGAUUCAGUUUCAAGCAAGGAAGACAGGAAGUCGCGAGGUCAUGCCAGACUGAUGGUGAGCGAGUGGUCUGAGGAAAACGUGUCGGCAUGGUUACGGGAGGAGGGGCUGGAGACCGUGAUUGACGCAUUUAAAUCCAAUAACAUCGACGGAGAAGAGCUGCUCUCACUCACCAAGGAAACCCUGAGCUCCGAUCUGCACAUCGAGUCUUUGGGCCUGCGGAGUAAAGUCAUGAAGAAGAUCGAGGAGUUGAAGAUGUCUCCCGUCUGUAACGGUACUCCUGAUGAGUACCUCUGUCCAAUUACACGUGAGGUCAUGAAGGACCCUGUGAUCGCUGCAGAUGGCUACUCGUAUGAACGGGAGGCUAUUGAGAGCUGGAUCAACACAAAGAGUCGCACUAGCCCUAUGACCAACCUCCCCCUGCAGACCACUCUCCUGACACCCAACCGCACCCUUAAAAUGGCCAUCUUCCGCUGGACCACCAGCCAGUGAUUUCCAACGUCACUCCUUUAGAGUAUAUGAGGAAUAAUGCUGACCCCAGACCGGCAAUACUGGCUGUCACUUAACUAAAGUCUUUGGUAAUACGGAGGCUACAUUCUAUCAAGAACUGGAUCAUCUUAUCUAAAGAGUCUUAUGUCUUGGUGGAGAUCAGUUGGAAUUGAGACAAAAAUGUCUCCGCUUUCUCACUACAUUAAAGGCUGAACCUGAGCUAAAAGCAAGAACUUUAUUAUAAAUAUGAUUAGAGGUAUAUGAUUGUAGGUAUGCAUUUAGAUUGACAUAGUUCACAUAACAUUCAACUUAAUGAGUUUUAAACAGCAGUCAUCAUGCAUGUUUGACAUCUACUUUCUGUAAGUCACUUACAGUACAAAACUAUUUAUUCAGUCCGGUUUCCUUAGCUAAUCUUUCAUUUCAGUUUAUAGGCUGCUAUUGAUUUUUUUUAUAGCACUAUUAACCGGAUGUGCUGUUAUGUUGUUCAUAUUAUUGAAUGCAAAGGAAUAAUAUACUGUAGCUUUAAAUGCUCUUUGCAUCUACAUGUAAUGUAUGCAUUUAUUCACCUGUUCAUUUAAGUGCUGUACUUUCAUUACAUAAAUGUACUAUGAAUUUUUAUGUAUAAUACAGUGUAUAAUGUAAAAAAAGUUAUUAAGCUAAUAACACACACCACUGGCUUUGUUUUGAUAAAUCUGAUGAAAGAUUGAAAGACAUUUCAAACCAUUUUACAUUGUGCUAUCUAUGCUGGCAAUAAUGGGUUGUUACUAAGACAAGCAUCCCUGUUGGUAUUGAUGAAACCCAUGUAUUAAAAAAGUACAAAACAGUACUACGAUACAAUAAAUACCCUGAUUGGUAGCAGGGCGCUGUUACUUUCCUUAA